AUGUCUCCUAUUUUCUACGCAGUGGUGAAAGCAUACACGCAAGACGAGUUUGAUAGUCUAAUGGAUAAAGUUGAGAAGAUCGAUAUUCGAGUGAAAGACUAUUUAGAAUUAGCCAGAAGGGAUAAGUGGGCUAGGUUGUAUGCACCAGUGAACCGAGGAUGGACAUUGACAUCAAAUAUUGCAGAAUGUAUUAAUUCAAAACUUGUAGCAUCACAAGAAUUGCCUAUCUUUGAUUUGGUUGAAGAAGUGAGGAAGCUAUUUGGAAGAUGGAAUUUCAAUAAUCGGAGGAACGGAAUAUACACGUUCACCACACUUGGGAGAAAAUUUCAAGAGCUCUUAUCAAUAAACGAGCAUCUUUGUUCACGUAUGACGGUUGAACCAUCAACCGAAUACUUGUGCACAGUCAAUGAUGAACGAAUGUGUUUCAUAGUUUGUUUGGAGAAGAAACUUAUAUAUGAUGUCCCAGUGUGUCCUCUUCUGGAUGAGAGUGAAUGGAAGAUACCUAAUUUCAUAUCCGACGAAGUAGUCUUGCUGCUAAGAUACAAGAGACCAACAGGAAGGUCGAAGAAGAAGCGCGAUAAGCCAUUACUUGAAAUUUACUUGUGCUUAACCAAAUGUGGAUACUGCAAUCUUGAAAUACAACUAUAUACAAUUGUGUAUUCACGGUAA